CUUACGGGACUCGGACGGAACGGAAUCCAAAAGUGCGACGAAUGGUUUGUGUCAUCGCCUCAAUUUUUCUUUUUUUCUAUGUGUUCCAAAGUGAAGAGCAUUUUAAUGGGAAAAGAUUUAUCAGAUAUUAAAAUAUUGGUGGAGAGAAAAAGGCAAUCGUUAUUUUAAGGGUAGAUCCCGUUAAUAUUCGUCGUCGUUGGUUGAUGUGCAAUUUGUUAUUCUUUCCCUUUUUUUUCCAUCUCUAAAAACAAUAAACAUAUCGGUUUUUAUCCUUGUUGUUGUAGUAUAAAUUUUUGUAAAUAAUAUUCAUCCCAAUCCGCGACUCCAGUGUUACUGAACCCGAAAAUUUACAAAAAAAAAAAAAAAAAAAUCAGGAAGAUGAAGAAUGGUUAUUCUUCAACCAGGGGUUAGCGCAAGUCUCGUUUUUUUUUUCCUCCAGUUUUGUAGAAUAAAUCGAUUUUGAGGUUAUAAUUUCUGGAAGAAGAAGGCUACACAGUGUAAAUUUUUUUCAUCAUCCUCUUCUUCUGCUGUUUCUUGUUCCUUUUUCGAGCAAACGACGAAAAAAAAGGGAGUGGGGUGUGAUUGUGCUAAGUUUGCAGUUUUUUUUUUUUGCUUCUAAAAUUUUUUGCCAUUAGGAAAUUAGAUUAAAUAAUGUUGGAAAUUUUUAUACGAAAAUUCAAUUGAAUUGAUUUGAUUUUAGCGAAAGAAAAGUGAAUGAAAAAAAAAAGUUUUUUCUUAACGGUUUUUCUUUCCAACAAAUAUUGGGCAAAAAAGUUUGAAAAUUAAUAAAAGAAAGUUAUAUACAAAAAUGGUUUCCCAAUUUUUAUUUAAAGUGAGAAAUUAAAUGAGUACUUUCGACUGAAAAAAUAAGGACUUCCGGCAGAGUAAAAGUUAUCGAUAAAACAGUUUUUUUUUACCUACGACCUUUUUAUUGGUCCAAGUUUUUUUUUUAUAAUGGAGGACGAACUACGUUGCCCGAUAUGUAAGCAAUUAUUCGCGAAUCCCGUUCUCUUGCCCUGUUAUCAUGCCCUCUGCCUAGCUUGUGCAAUAGACAUUCAAGCUGCCUACACACCGGCUGUGGGAGCGGCCACAGCUAAUGGUAGCUUGCCCCCAGCGGUAACAGGUUGUGCCGCCAGCCAUCACCACAGUCAUCAUCACCCCAACUCAACACAUCACUCAUCGACUUCCUCAGCCGCUAGUACUUCCAGUUCGGGUACCACAGAAAGCAGCUCGGACCAGGAUCAAGCCGAUAAGGUUAGCAUUUUUAGCGAAGCAGAUUCCGGAGUUGUUUGCUGUACAUCAAGACCCGGUUCGUACGUCGGCACUCCCAACCUUCAGGCACUGCUCUUUCCGCCCUCUGGUGGUGCUGUCUAUUAUCUGAUCUGUCCACAUUGUCGUAAAGUCGCAUUCUUCGACGAAAGUGGAGUUCGAAAUUUGCCGCCAUACAAGACAAUGGAGUCGAUAGUUGAUAGAUUUUGCGCACGCGAAGCUUUGCGCUGUCAAAUGUGCGAAACUGAUCCGAAAGUUGCUUCCUUGAUUUGCGAACAAUGCGAAAUACGUUAUUGCGACGGAUGUAGAGAAUUGUGUCAUCCAGCUCGAGGGCCAUUGGCUAAGCAUAAUUUGGUCAAGCCGACCGGGGCAGCUCAGCAAAGGGAAUCGCUGUGCGCUGAACACUCGGAACCGUUUACUUUGUUCUGUUUGAAUUGCAAGGGACCGGCUUGUGUGCAAUGUGUGAACGAGAACGCUCAUCAAUCGCAUGACGUUCAGCCGAUAAUACAGACUUGUAAGGCACAGAAGACUGAACUGUCUCAUAACCUGCAACAGUUAUCAGAGAAGGCACGUUCAACAACCGAGUUUAUUCAACGAUUAAAAGGAAUGAGUGACAAAGUUACGGAAUCAUGUUUAGAAUUUGAAAAGCUGGUAACAGCACAAUGUGAGACUUUAAUACAAGCCAUACACGACCGAAGGGAAUAUCUCCUUGAGGCCAUUCGAAUGGAUAAGGAUACGAAAAUAAGGAUACUUAAGGAUCAACAAUCGAAUUGUACUGGAAAAUUGCAACAAACAACAGGACUGAUACAAUUUUGUAUUGAAGCACUUAAAGAGACUGAUGGCGCUGCUUUCUUGCAAGUCGGAUCAAUGCUAAUAAAUAGGGUAGCAAAUACAGAUAUGACUUGGCAUCAAGAGGUCACAAAUGCAGCGCCACGUGUAUCGCCAGUUGUUGAUUUGACAUUAGAUGAUGCACCACUUUUACGAGCAAUUGACAAUUUAAGCUUUAUACAGAUGAAACCUUCUAAGGAUGGAGAUGGAAGAUUGCCAGCAGGUGAGAGAUCACCUCUAACACCAACCGUGAUUCCAGAAAAUUGCUCGGCUGAAAAUAAUUCUGUAACAGUAGCGUGGCAGGCACCAAUUCAUUGCUCUGUGGAAGGAUAUGUUCUUGAAUUGGAUGAUGGAAGUGGUGGUGAAUUUAGGGAAGUCUAUUGCGGAAAAGAAACAAUUUGCACAGUAGAUGGAUUGCAUUUUAAUUCAAUGUAUAAUGCUAGGGUGAAGGCGUUUAAUAGCAGCGGUGAAGGAGAAUAUUCAGCUUUGAUUGGACUUCAGACAGCAGAAGUUGCUUGGUUCACUUUUAAUCCACAAUUAAGCGGAGGAUCUGGUUCUGGUUUAGUAUUCUCCAAUAAUAAUUCAACAGUAUCAGUUGAAGGAUGGGAGCAUCGUGUUGCCCUUGGUUCAGUAGGAUUUUCUCGGGGAGUUCAUUAUUGGGAAUUUACAGUCAAUAAUUAUACUGCUGAUACUGAUCCAGCAUUUGGAGUAGCACGAAUUGAUGUCAAUCGAAAUAAAAUGCUUGGCAAAGAUGACAAAGCAUUCGCCAUGUACAUCGAUCGUCAACGAUCAUGGUUUCAACACAAUUCUAUACACGAGCGUCGUGUUGAAGGUGGCAUUACAACUGGCAGUACAGUUGGUGUUCUACUCGAUCUCGAACGACAUACAUUAAGUUUUCUAGUCAAUGAAAUGCCACAAGGAUCUGUAGCUUUCCGAGAUUUAUACGGAGUUUUUUAUCCAGCUGUUAGUGUCAAUCGUGGAGUAACACUUACACUUCAUACAGCAUUAGAUGCACCACAAAUGGAUUAUCAUUAGCUUUCUUUAGACUUAGAUAACUGUCAAAAAAUAUGCUUAAAUUAAAAAAAAAAAAACAAAAAAAAAAUAUUCCAUUAGAAGUUCAUAGAAUGCAUAAAAUAGUUUUAAUAAAAAAUAUAAAAAAAAAAUAACUGGUAUCCUCACAACAUAUCCCUACAUAAUGAU